AUGCAGUUCUCCAUCCUCUCUAUCGCUGCUCUUAUCAGCUCUGUUGCCGCUGGUGGCAUCAACUGCAACGGAUCUGGCGCCUGCAAGGCCAAUGAUGCCAAGCUCUCGGACAUUCUGAACCAGAUCAACCAGAUCAAGGCUCAGGGCAACGGCGGUCACAACUAUGGCACUGGUAUCCAGCUUGCCUGCGCUGACGGCCAGUAUGGUCCUAUCUGCGCCUAUUACCAGAAGGGCGCCUCUGGCACUGCAGACCGCGCUGCCGGUCUCGUCCAGGACCUCAUCAACCACGGCUGCAAGCAGUGCGGUUCCAUCCCCACCGAGCCCGGAAACGACGUCAACAAGGGCGAGCUGACCGUCAAGUGA